UGAGUAGACAGCUACUGUCUUGGGUAAGCAGAAAUCGGCGAGGCAAAAUAUAAAACGUUUCAAUUUAUUUACUUUUAAUUCUGAAUGAUAAAUAAACAGCUGAUGAUAUUAACUGAUACUGCUCAGGUACUGUAUGGUUUCAAGACCGAAAACUAACCCAUAAGAGCAAAACAAAAUCACUCGAACAACAACCAGAAGUUCAUCGAAGUGUCUCAGUAUUCAUCAUGGAGGAGAAGAAGAAGGAGGAAAGCGAAGCGGAGAUCCACGAACACGGACCCGAACAUUGGUUCUCUAAAUGGGAGCGCCAGUGCCUGGCAGAGGCCGAACGAGAAGAACCGAAUGAGGAGGACGUGGACCAGAACCAAGACCAACUCUGGCAUCUCUUCCAGAAUUCUGCUACCGCGGUGGCGCAACUUUAUAAAGAUCGAGUCUGCCAUCAGCAAGGACAGUCAUUGUGGUCUGCAUUUCAGAAUGCUGCAACAGCAGUGACUAAUCUUUACAAAGAGAGUGUUGAAGCACACAAGAGGAGCUAUGAUUUAGGAAUUCAGAUUGGUCAUCAGCGACGUAAUAAGGAGGUUUUGGCCUGGGUCAAAAAGCGAAGGAGAACUAUACGAAGGGAAGAUUUGAUAAGUUUCCUAUGUGGCAAAGCAAUACCGCCAAGGACUUCAAAAUCUGCUCCCAAACUGACAGCGAUGUCGCCUAAUCGAUCACCUUCAUCAGACACCGUGUCAUCUGUAGAGACUGAUUUACAGCCUUUCUGUGAGGCCAUAGCACUACAUGGUCUAAGUGGAGCGAUGGCAAGCAUCAGCGUCCGCCCUAGCACUCCUGGCUCACCUACUCACGUCAGCGGCAGCGCAAAUGCAGGUCGCAGAAGGAACGGACUGCACGAUGUAGAUUUGAACACUUUCAUAUCAGAGGAGAUGGCCCUCCACCUUGGCGCUUCGGGCACCAGGAAGCGGACCUCAGCCCAGUGUGCUGAUGCCAUCACAGACUCCCCAACCCAUAAACGCAACCGAAUUAUCUGAGCUCAAUUAUUGUUCUGUAUGCUCUGUGCUGCUUGAAAUAAAAGCCACUUAAUCCUCACCUCUUGCGUUCCCCUUAAAAGGAAACAAGAGCCAUUCAACACCGUACACUUAUAUAUUCAGUACAGUAUGCUAUAUGGUGGAAACUAGUUCAUAGCUCUCCAUUGAUUGGUUUAUUUUACUCUCACCACAAAAUGUCUUUCGGUUAAUUGACAGCAUUAUUGUUUGAGUUGUACAAAGCCAUCUGUAACCAAUGUAUUGGAAACACAUUAACUACAAGAUUGCAAUGUCCAGAUAGGCUAUUUUGUAGCUUACAAUAUCUCCCUAGUUGCGCUUUAGGAGUGUUGCUAAGCAAAUAACUGGGUGUUUGUUUUAUAGAUAAUGGUCUCAGCAUCAGCUUAUUUCUCAUUAGUGUAUUUUCAUUUUUCCUUUGCACUCAUUUAAUGGCAGUUAGUUGGUGAACAUUUUAGAAAUGUGCAGCGUUAAUAGUCUUACAACUGCUGCUAAUUUGAAUGAUUGUGUAUUGAGAUGGUUGCAAUAAUAAUUUUGCACUAAUGCUUUCAGUCAUAUUUGUUUAUUUUAUUAAUUGUAAGGACAUCAAAAGAGGAAAAAGAACUGUGAAAGGCUUAUGGUAUAACAGUGCAAUUGUUGACAUUUUAAAUUUCAAGGCUGUUGCGACUUGGUUUAGGGGUUAGGUGAAUCUUAGUAGGAAUGGUGUUCUGCAGAGCUGUCUCUCAGGAGGGCUACCGAAGUAGAAAAAACUGUCAUCUUGAAAUUGAAGUGUCCUUUAAGUGCUUUUCAAAUUCAUGCCAGAGAUUUGGAGAGCUGCACAUUUAAGGUCCAGCUUUGUACUGAUGUAUAGAAGUCAAACUGGACCCAGAACACCUUAAACUGUGGAAACAUUUGUCAAUUUGUGCUUGGGUAAUUUAAGUGUACUCCUUUGUGUUGGCAAGGUUGGAGCUGGUAACACUUAUAUACCACACUUACAACUUUUAGUAUUUCUUGAUUUAGAUGCUUCAGAUAGAAUGAAUUAGUUGAUCUGAUCCUCAUGGUACACAUCUAGAAUAAUUACUGUUUGGCACUUUCAGCUAAGAAGCGUUCUCAUUCUGGUGGUGGGGAAUCUUAUGAUGUGAUCUUGAUCUUGAAAAUGUUGUCAAAGCAUGUUUGCCCCAAACAAUAUGCAGGCAUGUUUUGUUGGAAAUGUUUCAGAACCAGUUUGAAAUUUUGUCACUGCUUUUAAUUUUUUGCAAAGUGAAGACAAUAUAAAUGUAGGCUAUUUGCUUAUUAAUUUUGAUUUCAGAAACGCUUCCAUAAAUUGAACGUGGGUCUUAAGAUUGAUUGCUCUGAAAAUAAUGUGUUUAUCAUUAAUAUUGAAAUGUAAUACAUUUUGUAAAUGUAAAGGUUAGGAAGUAAAGCUAACAUUCUGCCAUAUAGGCCCAUUAUCAAAGUAAAGUUUGGAAAGUAAAACAAUCUGUAUUAUCCAGAACAUUACAAUGAAAACACAAUUGACAUUUAAAAAAAAAAAAAUGCAUAAGUUAUCAGCUAAAUUAUUAAAGAGUUACAUUUGUA